GAAGAUGAUGGCACUGAGGAAGAAGAGGAAGACCACAACACUACUAACACUACUGAUGAUGAAGCUGAUGAUGAACCACCAAGAUUGAAAUACUCUCGUUUGACAGGCCUACCUCUGGCCUUUUUCACAAGAGAUGCAGUAUCAACCUGCCUUAUAAACGAAAAUGUCUUUGCUUUUGCUACUCAUUCAGGUGUGUUGCAUCUAUGUAAUCCUGAUUUCACGCCGAUAAGAACUAUCAGAAUUCAUAAAGCCUCAAUUUUAUCAAUUCACACUGACGGCUAUUAUAUUGCAACAGCUUCAAUGGAUGGUUCUAUUGUCAUUGGUUCCAUUAAAGACCCCACUGAUAUUACAAGAUUUGAUUUUAAAAGACCAGUACAUGCCGUGGUUAUUGAUAAAAAUUAUAAGCUGUCAAGAAUAUUUAUUUCAGGUGGUAUGGCUGGAAAAGUCAUUCUAUCCCACAGAAACUGGUUGGGCUCAAGAAUUGAUACAAUUAUCGAUGAUAAUAACAACGGAAAUGGAGGUCCAAUUGUUUCGAUCCAAAGGAUAGACGAUAUUGUGGUUUGGAUGAACGAUAAUGGAAUCUCAAUUUUUAACAUUCCCACCAGAUCAAUCAUCUUAAAAAUCCAAAGACCAGAAAAUUCUCCCAGAGCUGAUUUGUACUGGCCACGAUGCAAUUUUCCUGAAACAAAUAGAUUGAUCAUUGGCUGGGCUGAUUAUAUCUGGUCCAUCAAAGUGACUAUAAUUAAAUCUGACUAUAACAAGUUCAGCUUAACAUCGGCUGCUUCUAGUUUUAGAGCUCCUCCAACUGAACGAAAGGCCGAAAUUGAAAGUGUUUUUCAUAUAGAUAGUUUGGUUGCUGGUUUAGCAUCUUUUAAAGAUGAUUUAUUGAUGAUCUUAACUUACUUACCUCCCAAAAAGAAUUUCAAAACUGGUGGAAAUCUUAGUUAUCCACCCGAAAUUAGAUUGAUAUCAGCAACAAAUGGCGAAGAAAUCGCAAUUGAUGAAGUCUCCUUAAAAAGUUACGAAAACUUAGGUUUAAACGAUUAUCACUUGGAGCAAUAUAUUGGAAUAGAUUCCACAAAGUAUUUUUUAAUUAGCGCCAGAGACGGUGUGAUUGCUCAAGAAUUUAACCUAAAUGAUAGACUAGAUUGGUAUUUAAACAAAAAAAAGUACUAUGAAGCCUGGUUAAUGAGUGAACAUGUAAUUGAUCCAAUUCAAAGAUGCGAAAUCGGCUUGAAAGAUGUUGAUAAUUUAAUUUCUAUUAAUAAGUGGGAGACUUCUGCUAGAAGUCUUUCAAAAGUUUUAAGCUUAAAUAACUUCAAGAUAAACAGUACCAUAGCUAAUUCAACUCAAAACAAUUUAUCAUCUGAUAAGAUUAAUGAAAAAAAUUAUAUAAAAGAAAAAUGGGAAAAAUAUAUCUGGAAAUUUGUUAACAAUAAGAAAACUGACAUUAUUUGCUGGUUGAUUCCUUGCCACGAAAAUGAAGUUAAAUUAAAUUCUAGAGUUUUUGAGACUAUUUUGGCGUUUUUCUUAGAAAAUGAUCAAGAAAAGUAUCUCAAAUUAAGUUCCACGUGGAACACAUCUUUGUAUGAUAUUAAAAAGAUUGCGAAGCUAUUGGAGGAAAAAAUUGAAAAUCACAAUAAUAAUAAAUUAAGAAGAAUAUUAGCCAACUUAUAUAUUGAGAUGGAUGAAUUUAAAUUAGCAGUUCCACAUUUAUUGAUAGCAAGAGACAAAGAUUUAUUGAAGUUAAUAGCCAAAAACCAUUUGUUAAAGUAUUUUAUUGAAGAUAUUCCUGAGAUAAUAUUAAUUGAUAUAACUUCAAAUGAUUUAAAAGAUUCAUCUAUCAAUAACAUAGAGAUUAAGCUCAAAGAUAAUAUUGAUAUCCUAAUUAAUAACCGUGAAGAAUUGCCAGUUUUUAAAAUAAUGGACAUAUUUAAGAAAAAGAGUGAAACAUUGAAUAGUUUUAAAGUCAUUACUUACAAUUAUUUAAAUAGCUUAUUUUUGAAUGAGUUAAGCGAAUGCAACGGUUUUGAAAAUGAGAUGAUUCAAAUGUUAUCUAUCUACAAUCAGAGAGAAUUAUUAAAUUUUUUAAAAAAAUAUAAUAACUAUAAUAUUGAAAAGGCAAUAUAUAUUUGCGAAAAAAAUGAAUACUUGAAUGAAUGGGUCUAUUUACUUGGUAAAAUUGGACAGAACAAAAAGGCAUUAAUGAUAAUCAUCGACAAAAUUUGUGAUCCUCAGCAAGCUAUUCUUUUUGCGAAAAAGCAGAAUGAUAAAGAAUUAUGGGACUACUUACUAAAUUACUCUAUGGACAAACCUGUUUUUAUUAGAUCCUUAAUUGAGUUGGCUGGAAAUAUAAUCGACCCUAUUAAACUUAUAAAAAAAAUUCCCGAAGGAGUUAAAAUUGAAGGACUAAAUGACACAUUGUUUAAUAUAACAUUAAACAAUGAAAUUAAUUUGAUUUUAAAUGAAAAUAUUUUAAAAAUUAUUAGCAACGAGAGUUUUAAGAUUAGCAAAAAGUUUGAAUUUUUGAAAAGCAGAGGUUAUGGUAUUGAUGUUGAUGAUAAUAAGUCCAUUAUUGAUAGAUUUGAAACUCUAAUC